UUCCGUGUUCAAGGCUAGCGUCACCCGGGCGGACGGUUGUACACGAAAGCCGAGCUAGAGUUCGCGGCGGGCCGGGAAGGCUGCUCACGGCCCGGGGGGGCCUCUCCUGGCUUUGCAGCCCGCUGUAGCUUCCCCGCCCCCGGGACGGUCCCGAGCCGGCUCUGCUGGGGGCUGGUAGCCCGCUGGGCGGAGGCCACGCCACGGAUCGCCGCCUUCUGUCUCGCCGCACAACUUCCUCUCCCAGGGAACUGCGCGGCGGCCGGGCCGGGGCGGACUCGGGGCCGGGCCAGGCGCGGGGCCAUGGAGAGCCCCGCCGUCACCUUCACUUUGGCCUAUCUGGUGUUCGCCGUCUGCUUCGUGUUCACCCCCAACGAGUUCCGCUCGGCCGGGCUCACCGUGCAGAACCUGCUGGCCGGCUGGCUGGGCAGCGAGGACGCGGCCUUCGUCCACUACCACCUGCGGAGGAGCACGGGCACCAUGCUGACCCACGGCCUGCUGCCGCUCGGUUAUUACAUUGGCAUGUGCUUUGCAGCACCAGAGAAACAGCUUUUUAAUUUUUACCAGGCCUCAGAAGGCUGGAAAAUAUUCUUCUUGCUGGCUAUUCUUGCUCCAACAGUCACCGGCAUCCUGGCAUAUUACUGGUCACAGAACGGCUGGGAUAACCAUCCUUUAGCUCGGACACUUGCCUUUCAUGCUCUUCCACAGUCUGGUUGGCGGGCAGUGGCUUCUUCCAUCAAUACAGAAUUCAGGAGGAUUGACAAGUUUGCUACUGGAGCACCAGGAGCAAGAGUGAUUGUUACAGACACUUGGGUGAUGAAAGUGACCACCUACAGUUUACAUGUUGCCCAACAGCAGGACAUUCAUCUGACGGUGACAGAUUCCAGGCAACACGAACUCUCACCUGAUACAAACAUGCCCGUGCAGUUCCUCACCAUCCGUGUUGCCAGUAUUAAUCCCUAUGUGAAAGCUUUUGAUAUCCGGUUGAACUCCACAGAGUAUGGGGAACUACGAGAGAAACUUCAUGCUCCAAUCCGUAAUGCAGCUAACGUUGUGAUCCAUCAGAGCCUCAGUGACUUGUUUCUGGAAACCUUUACAUCGCUGGUAGAAAUUAAUCAGACAUACCCUGUUCCCAGCAAUCAGGAGCUCGAGCCAUGUAUAGGGUGUAUGCAGACUAAUGCAAACAUCAAGCUUGUUAAAAAUUGUCAAGAGCCAAACGAAGGAGAAUGCCAGCAAUGUUACUGUCGUCCUAUGUGGUGCCUGACUUGCAUGGGGAAAUGGUUUGCCAGCCGGCAGGAUCAGCAGCACCCAGAGACCUGGCUAUCAAGCCAAGUGCCUUGUCCAACCUGCCGAGCCAAGUUUUGCAUUUUAGAUGUUUGCAUAAUACAAUGAAUAAUCUUGGUACAAUUCACCUUUUGAAAUCUGAAUGUAUUCACAGCAGGGUUGGAUGCAAGCCCCAUUAGAUUUAUUUCUUGCUCUUCUGCUUCUGAAGAGGUAAAAGCUCUGGAGUUUUCUUCUUCAGAGCCCUGAGAAUGGCAACCCAACAUUUUCUUUUAAUUUUUUCCCACUUCACAAAUGUGUUCUCAGUUUUUAUUCACUAACAUAACAGUUAAAAUUUUAGAUUGUUGAGUUUUGUGGGGGGGUUUUGGCUUUUCAUUUCCAGACUCUUGGAUGCACUUUAAACCAAUAUUAGUGCCCUAUUUGCUUCCCUUAUAUCAGAGGUGAAAACCUGGUAAGCUAAUUUUAAGUGCUAUUCUAGUUACAGGAUUAAGCAUUGGUGUUUAAUGAUUCUUUAGCUAAGGGCUAAUUUUCCUUUAUAAUAAGAUGUACUAAGCAGGUUGCUAUUGCUAAGGAUAGUCGGCUCAAAUCGCAACCUACCUUUCUUCAUCUUGAAUCCAUUUGUAAAGUCCAUGUUAAUCUUUGUGGGCUUUCCUCAAAACAGAUGUCUCGGUGUUGUGUUUUUCCUUUCCACCAAAACAGGCCCACAGAUCAACUACUAUAGACAUCUAGGAACUCCCAAAGUUGUGUAACUUCUGCAGGGAGCUUAGCACAAAGAAGAAUAGAAAUACAAAAUAAUUUGUUUCCAGAUAUAUUUAGUAUACAAGGAAGCUUAUUCAAAAAGCAUCGUUUAUUCAGUUCAUUAACCUGAAGUGCUCUUGGUGCUGUUUAGAGCAUCUUAUGGCUAAAGCUAUUUUUUCCCUGUUUGGAGUCUCAACACUCUCUAGCUAACGCUAAUGUUAAGCAUGAAUUGUCCAUAUCUGGAAGGAGAGCAGUGAUCAUCUCAAUUUUCUGAGUAAUCCAAAAGAAUGUUCAGCUGUGUCAAAACCUGUAGCUUUUUCCUAGUCAACUGCUUUUCCAAAUGAAUGGGAUGUCAGGACUGGAUAAGAACGUGUAGCCAUGCUGACUAUUUUAGAUAUGACCAUUAUUAGUGAAAUAGGUUUUGAUUUGGUUUUCUGCUUUAUUUUGAAGCCUGAUAAUAAACAUUUAUCACUGCUUUAACAUGAAUAGGAGAAUUUUGCAUACCUCUGGUGUCCCCACCAGGCUCGUUUGUCAGCAGGUUUUGCACUGUUGGUAGCAGUGGUUGAAGCUGUAGUGUAGACAGAGUGUGGAUUAGACAACACAGUGG